CAGGUUCUCUCCACUCAAAAGUCGGUGGUAGCCUCCAACAGUCGGAACACGUUGCCGAGUCGUACAGCCAUGCUGCUCCGUGGGCUUUGUCUGUUGGCAGUGGCACUGCUGACGUCCUCGCACGUUGUCCCUGAACACGAGCAUCAGCACGUGAAGAGGUCCUCCGUGUGUUACGGUGAGCUGGGCUGCUUCAGCAACGAUGCUCCCUUCUUCAGCCUGCAGCGCCCCAUCUCUCUGCUGCCCCAGUCUCCCGACACCAUUAACCCCAAGUUCACCCUCUACACCCGCCAGUCCCCCACUCAGGGUCGCCAGCUGAAGGCCGGAGAUAAGGUGGGACUCCUGGCCUCCACCUUCAGCGCCAGUCGCCCCUCCAAGUUCAUCGUGCACGGGUGGCUGGACAACGGCAUUCUGGGAACGUGGAUGGUGGACAUGAAGAACGAGUUCCUCAAGCACGGCGACUACAACGUCAUCACCGUCGACUGGGGUCAAGGGUCACUGUCUCUGUACGGACAGGGCACGGCCAACACUCGGGUCGCGGGGGCCAUGAUUGCUCAGCUGAUCACUUUCAUGCAGAAUGUGACAGGAGCUCGUCCGGAGGACAUGCACAUCCUGGGACACAGUCUGGGCUCGCACGUGGCCGGCUACGCAGGAGAGAGGUUGAAGCACCUGGGUAGAAUCACAGGAUUGGACCCCGCCGAACCCUACUUCCAAAACACAGAUAAACGAGUCCGAUUGGACGAAACCGACGCCCUCUUCGUCGACGUCAUCCACUCGGAUGCCGCCAGCUUCUACAGCACAAAUCUCGGCCUGGGUAUGUCGCAAGCUUGUGGACAUGUCGACUAUUAUCCAAACGGGGGUGAAAAACAGCCUGGGUGCGAGAAGGGUCCAGUCACCCACAUUGUGGAAAACGGCCUUUACCUGGGGUUCAGGGAGUUCGUCGCCUGCAACCACAUGAGAGCCUACCAUCUCUUCCACGACUCCAUCAACAGCCAGUGUCCUUUCCAAGCAUACCGCUGCGCCAGCCAGGACGACUUUAAGGCCGGCAGGUGUCUCCCGUGCAGCGGUCAGGGCUGUGGCAUCAUGGGAAUGCACGCAGACGAAGUGAAGCCACCUCGCGGAACAGUUGGCGUGAAAUAUUUCUUCAACACUGGUGACCUGCCACCCUACUGCAGGUAUCACUACAAGGUAACGGUGACGUUGGCCAAGACGUCCACCAGUCAGCAGGAGCGAGGCAAACUGUACGCCAAGAUUACAGGCACUUCCGGUCAGAGCGAGGAGGUGCAGCUCACCCCCGACAACGUCUACUUCAACCCCGGCGAAAUUUACACCUACGUGGCGACGUCAAAGCACCGAGUAGGUGACAUCACAAACGUUGCUGUCCGCUUUGACCACGACUCGGAACUCCUCAACGUCUUCUCCUGGAACGUUCUGGGCCUUCGCCACCCCACGUUGUUUGUGGACAGGAUUCAAGUCUUCAAACCAGAUGAAGCAACCCCCGUCGUCUUCUGCGGCCAUAACACUGGAGUUGAAACAGACGUGACAUCGCUCUUUGCAUCGAAAUGUUGAGGACGAUGAGUGGUGGAUGUCGACCACAAAGGUGUGACCUAUCAAGAAGCGAGUCCAUUUGGUGUUGUCAGAUGGAAAUAAACACGUUUUUUGAUUGACAAAA